AUGUGCAAACUCCUCACCCAAAUCUACGCCUGUGGCUGCACGAGCGAAAUUUGCACGACCCCUUGCGACAUCGCGCAAAUCACUAGCAUCUUCUGCAAGCGCCCUUUCGAGCACAGUCUGCCCAUCUCUAGCUACCCCUGCAAGAAAUGUCUGGGGCAGCCGCAGUGGAAGAAGUUGAGGGGGCGAAUGUGGCAAGCGUACAAUGAGAGCCAGUCUUGGGCGUAUAGGAGGCCGUUGGAGUGGGUUAUGAAAUUUCAGGGAGUGGAGGUUGUGUCCGACGAGGAGGAAGAGGAAAGGGAGGAGGAUAACGGAGGGGAAGAGGAAGAGAUCAAGGAAGGAGGACCCGGAGAGUUGAAAGUGGUCAACUGA